UGAGCAGACACUGACUAUCUUUUGAGAGGGUUCGUAAGAGUCGAUAGGUGUGGAAUUUGAUUGUGUAUAGUUCAAGAUGUCUGGAGCAGGGAACAGAGAGCAGGUCUUCGCUACUCGAAUGACAUUGACAACAAUGAAACUCAAGCUAAAAGGUGCCGAGAUUGGGCACAGUUUGUUGAAAAGAAAAUCAGAGGCUCUUACAAAGAGAUUUAGAGAAAUUACAAAAAGAAUAAACGAUGCCAAAUUAAAGAUGGGCAGAGUAAUGCAAACUGCUUCUUUUUCUUUGGCUGAAGUUACUUAUGCCACGGGAAUGAAUAAUAUCAGUUAUCAAGUUCAAGAGUCUGUUGGAUCAAAGGCUAGGUUCAAAGUCCACUCCAAGCAAGAAAAUGUGUCUGGUGUCAAACUACCUGCUUUUGAAUCGUUUAUUGAUAAUUCAAUUAAUGAUUUUAAAAUGACAGGUUUGGGUAGAGGUGGUCAGCAAGUUCAAAAAUGUAAAUUGAUUUAUUCCAAAGCUGUUGAGACUUUAGUUGAACUAGCCUCUUUGCAAACUGCCUUUAUUAUUUUAGAUGAGGUUAUUAAAGUCACCAAUCGAAGAGUUAAUGCAAUUGAACAUGUAAUUAUUCCCAGAACUGAUAAUACAAUCAAAUAUAUUAAUAGUGAGUUAGAUGAAUUGGAUAGAGAAGAAUUUUACCGAUUGAAAAAAGUUCAAGAGAAAAAACAAAAACAACAAGAAAUUCAGGAUUUGGAAGCAAAAGCCAAAAAGCAAUUGCUAUUAGAUAAUCAAGACAAAGAUGAAGCCAAAGGCGUGUUAAAGGUUGAUAGAGGCAAUCAAUCUGGAGACAACGAUCUAAUUAAUGACGAUGAUGAAGAUGUUAUAUUUUGAUUAUAUUGUUAUAAAUUCUUUCAGUUAUC